GCUAAGCUGGAGUCGGAUAACAACCGCCGACUUUGUCCAACAAUUUAUUGGACAGUUUGGUCAUUUUACUCAGCCAUGAGCGCUAUAAGACGAGGCCUCCGCUCCUCCCAAAAUUCACAUAACCAUUCAAAGCUCAGAUCUAAACCCAUCCUAAUCUAGUCUCUCUCUUCUCAAUAUCAAGAUGCAGAUCUUUGUGAAAACCCUCACUGGCAAGACAAUUACAUUGGAAGUUGAAAGCUCCGAUACUAUUGAAAAUGUCAAGGCCAAGAUUCAGGACAAGGAGGGGAUCCCACCAGACCAGCAGAGGUUGAUCUUUGCGGGUAAGCAGCUUGAGGAUGGUCGUACCCUUGCAGACUACAACAUCCAGAAGGAGUCCACCCUCCAUUUGGUGCUUCGCCUUCGCGGUGGCAUGCAAAUCUUUGUGAAAACCCUCACUGGCAAGACAAUUACAUUGGAAGUGGAAAGCUCCGAUACUAUUGACAAUGUCAAGGCCAAGAUUCAGGACAAGGAGGGGAUCCCACCAGACCAGCAGAGGUUGAUCUUUGCGGGUAAGCAGCUUGAGGAUGGCCGUACUCUUGCGGACUACAACAUCCAGAAGGAGUCCACCCUCCACUUGGUGCUCCGGCUUCGUGGUGGCAUGCAAAUCUUUGUGAAAACCCUCACUGGCAAGACAAUUACUUUGGAAGUGGAAAGCUCCGAUACUAUUGACAAUGUCAAGGCCAAGAUUCAGGACAAGGAGGGGAUCCCACCAGACCAGCAGAGGUUGAUCUUUGCUGGUAAGCAACUUGAGGAUGGCCGCACCCUUGCAGACUACAAUAUCCAGAAGGAGUCCACCCUCCACUUGGUGCUUCGACUUCGUGGUGGAAUGCAGAUAUUUGUGAAAACCCUCACAGGGAAGACAAUCACCUUGGAGGUUGAAAGUUCUGACACUAUUGACAAUGUCAAGGCCAAGAUUCAGGACAAGGAGGGGAUCCCACCAGACCAGCAGAGGUUGAUCUUUGCGGGUAAGCAGCUUGAGGAUGGCCGUACUCUUGCGGACUACAACAUCCAGAAGGAGUCCACCCUCCACUUGGUGCUCCGGCUUCGUGGUGGCAUGCAAAUCUUUGUGAAAACCCUCACUGGCAAGACAAUUACUUUGGAAGUGGAAAGCUCCGAUACUAUUGACAAUGUCAAGGCCAAGAUUCAGGACAAGGAGGGGAUCCCACCAGACCAGCAGAGGUUGAUCUUUGCUGGUAAGCAACUUGAGGAUGGCCGCACCCUUGCAGACUACAAUAUCCAGAAGGAGUCCACCCUCCACUUGGUGCUUCGACUUCGUGGUGGAAUGCAGAUAUUUGUGAAGACCCUCACAGGGAAGACAAUCACCUUGGAGGUUGAAAGUUCUGACACUAUUGACAAUGUCAAGGCCAAGAUUCAGGACAAGGAGGGGAUCCCACCAGACCAGCAGAGGUUGAUCUUUGCUGGUAAGCAGCUUGAGGAUGGCCGCACCCUUGCAGACUACAACAUUCAGAAGGAGUCCACCCUCCACUUGGUGCUUCGACUUCGUGGUGGCAUGCAGAUAUUUGUGAAGACCCUUACAGGGAAGACAAUCACCCUGGAGGUUGAAAGUUCUGACACUAUUGACAAUGUCAAGGCCAAAAUCCAGGACAAGGAGGGCAUCCCACCAGACCAGCAGAGGUUGAUUUUUGCUGGAAAGCAGCUUGAGGAUGGUCGCACCCUUGCUGACUACAACAUUCAGAAGGAGUCGACCCUUCAUUUGGUUCUUCGUCUGCGUGGAGGCAUGCAAAUCUUUGUGAAAACCCUUACUGGGAAGACCAUUACCUUGGAGGUAGAGAGUUCGGACACCAUUGACAAUGUGAAGGCUAAAAUUCAAGACAAGGAAGGUAUCCCACCAGAUCAGCAGAGGUUGAUUUUUGCUGGAAAGCAGCUCGAGGAUGGGAGGACCCUUGCUGAUUACAAUAUCCAGAAAGAGUCUACCUUGCACCUUGUUCUUCGCCUUCGUGGUGGUUUCUGAUUUGUGUGGUGUGGUUGUGUCUAGUUUGUUCUUACUAGCUACUGGUAAUGCCUUGAUGGCUUUAAAUGAGUUUUAUAUCAUCCUAAACUUUGUUAUAUUUGGAAUGGUUGUACUUUUCUAAAGCUGUUUAAUGGCCGCUAUAAGGUCAUUGGUACUUUAUCUUAAAGGGCAAUAAAGUUGGCUUAACUCGCCUAUGUAAA